GUUGAAUUCAGAAUCUAUAGGUCACUUGUUUUUGCAUUGUGACUUAGGUUGGAGAUUCUGGCUAAAGCUAUUGGGGGCGGCAGAUUUAAGUUGGGUUUUCCCAGCUCAUAGCGGCACGGUUCUGGUAGAAGACUGGUUCGGAUUCGGAAAGAACAAGAUGCAAUGUGUUUGGCUAUCCUCUGGGUAUAUGUUGAAGAUGAAUGCAUCCCUGGGGGUAAGUGAUGGAAGCAGUGCUGUGAAAAAGAAAAGGAGUAAUACAUCUCGUCGUCCUCGGAAUGACUCGCAGCCUCCUUUGGAUUACCGUGAUGUGUCAUCCUUAUCAGAUGGAAGCAAAGGAUCUAGUGAAAAAGAUAUUGCUUAUGGUUCAGUUACUCCAAAGAAAGAAUUGAAUGUGAACCUAUGUAGCUCAAGGGUCUCAUUUAGUAAUAAUGCAGAAUCUGAAUCGGGCAAGAAUGAGAUGAAAAAUGAAGAUGGAGGAUUUGUAGAUUCUGAUGAAGCUUCUAACAAUGGCUCUUUUCGAGGCAGUAAUGAACAGAAGUACAGUGGUAUCGAUUCUAAAAGAAGCAGCAAAGGUGUCCUUGCACCUGCAAAUUGGACAAGCACGACCAACAUCGGUCAUUCUCAUGAUUUGGAUAGUGAGAAUAAAGUGAAAAAAGUGAAGCUUAAAGUUGGUGGUGUUACACGAACCAUUCGUGCCAAAUCUAUAUCUGAUGGUGCAUCUGCUAUCGGGUCGUCAACUACAAAAUCUUCUCGUGUUUCAGAUGCCCCUCGUCCUCAACGGAAGUUAGUGCAGGAUCCGGACAAAAAUCGCUCCUUUACUUCAGACAAGAGGAUCAAUUUGCAAGGUAAUGCAUGGAAAGAUUCUAAAAAGGGCUUUAAUGAAGGGAAGGCGAGUUCUUUGGGGCCUGAUGAAAAUCUUUUUUCGGAGGAAAUGAAGUAUGAACCUAUUCGUAAGAGCAAAAGAAUCUCAAGGAAACGAUUGAUUGACGAAGCCCUGGAUAAUGAAGAUAAUGACAAUGUGGAGAUUUGGUAUCUUGAAAAACUCAAAACUUCUAGGUUUGCCAGUGAUUACAGUGCAGAAUACCAAAAGGACAAGGAAAGAGAAAACAAGAAACAAAGAAAGAUUUCAAAGGUAUUAAAGUGGAACUCUGAGCACGAAAAUGAUCUGGAAUAUGGCUCUUCAAGAUCAGGGAAGCAAAUUAAGAAGUCCAGAUCAGAAAGAGUAUUAGAUGAUACUGAUUAUGUGGAAGAAGACUCGAUUUCUGAUGAUGAGCCUAGUAGCAAGAAGAAAAAAUCAAUGAAGGAGUUCGUUGAUUCAAUGGUUGAUCAUAAAAAGGAAAUGACGGUAACUACUCGUCAACGAGCUCUGCAAAUUGGCAAGGAUGUCUCAUCCAGCCUAGGUGCAAAUAUUAUCGAGUAUCCCAAUGGGUUGCCACCUGCUCCACCAAGAAAGCAAAAAGAGAAACUCUCUGAAGUGGAGCAGCAACUGAAGAAAGCUGAGGCUGCUCAGAGACGCAGGAUGCAAGUAGAGAAGGCUGCAAGGGAAUCUGAGGCUGAAGCAAUCAGAAAGAUCCUUGGCCAAGAUUCAAGUAGGAAGAAACGGGAAGACAAGAUUAAGAAGCGCAAAGAAGAUCUUGCACAUGAGAGGGCCACAAAUGCCGUGCUUAUUGCAUCAGAUUCUGUUAGAUGGGUGAUUGGUCCUUCGGGAACCAUAGUAACAUUUCCGAAUGAAAUGGGCUUGCCAACUAUAUUUGAUUCGAAGCCUUGCAGUUACCCGGCUCCUCGAGAGAAAUGCGCCGGUCCAUAUUGUACAAACCCUUACAAGUACCGUGAUUCGGAGUCAAAGCUUCCCCUUUGCAGUCUCCAGUGCUACAAGGCAAUCCAUGAAAAGACCAGAGCUCUAACUGCCUCCUAUUAAAUUUGUCCACUUGCCUAUUUUAGCUUUGUUUGGUGUUCUUAAUCCUUAUCAUUAGUGAAAAUAAUAAGGGAUUUGUGAAUAGAAUUGUGUAGUAAAUCUGCUUCCCAAUUAAACUAUAAAGAAUGUAAAUCGGAAUUUGAUGUAUAGAUACCCAAUUCCCUGAGGUCAGGCCCUUUGAGGUAAUAAACAUGGUGUGAUUCUUC